UGACUGGAAAGAAAUUAUCCAACUCGCGGCUGCUGUUUUUACAUAACUCCUUGGCUCCCAUCUCCUACGCUUCCUUCACCUUGUUAUUUCUGGCAUUUCAUAAUUGCCACGAGAUGAUUUUUUCUUUUGGCCAACUGCCCAAGUGGUUUUGCAUUGGUCAACAGUGAUGGGAACCAGAUACUAGGUACUUCUAUUCAAAACACCAAAAGAUACCUUACAAACGUACCGAAAGAAUCUUGUAUUGAAAAUUGUGAUUAUGUUUAAUCAAUAUGAAUAUGCACCUGGUUAUACGCUGCAACGUUAAUCAAUAUUUAUAAACACAUGUGUAAAUGUACCUCGUAACUAGCCUAGGUAAACAAAAUUAGGCGUAUCUUUCCCAUCACUGCUGCCCAGUGACGUCGUCGUUUUAUAAAUAGUGGUGAUGUCCGUCUGAGCAUGAGCGAUGCAGAUCGUCUGGUGGCGAAGCUGCGCCAGGUGCCAGUCCGUCUGCCCACGGAGGCGGAGGUCCGCCGGCUGUGCCGCUCACUGGGCGACUUGCUCGCCGCAGAGGCAAACCUGCUGAGCCUGCAGAGUCCGCAGAUCGUGUGCGGGGACAUCCACGGUCAGUUCGAGGAUCUCCUGCACCUGCUGGAGUUGGGCGGAGAGGUCGGUCAGCACCGUUAUUUGUUCCUCGGCGACCUCGUGGACCGGGGCAAGAACAGCGUGGAGACCUUUCUGCUACUGGCAGCGCUCAAGGUACAGAAUCCCGGGCAUGUGAGCCUGCUUAGGGGCAAUCACGAGUGUCGCAGCGCCACACGAGCCUACGGAUGCUACGAGGAGUGCCUGGCCAAGUACGGCUCUCCGAAUGUCUGGAGGAUGUUCUGCCGCGUUUUCGAUCUCCUGCCACUGGCUGCGAUUAUAGAUGGAACGGUUUUUUGUGUGCACGGAGGUCUCUCGCCGGACAUCCAACAGCUGGAUGAGUUGCAACGCCUAAAUCGCUACCAAGAGAUCCCCGACAGUGGCUCCAUGGCGGAUCUACUCUGGAGCGAUCCGCAAGAGGCAGCCGGAUGGAAGGCAUCUCCUCGCGGUCACGGUCAACUCUUUGGCGGCGAUGUGGUGGCGGAGUUUCGUCGCCGGAAUGGCAUAUCCCUGAUUUGCCGGGCCCACCAGCUGGCCCAGGAGGGCUAUCGCUGGCACUUUGGCCACCAGCUGGUGACCAUUUGGUCGGCACCCAACUAUUGUUAUCGCUGUGGCAACAAGGCGGCCCUCAUGCGGCUGCAUUCUGGCGCGGAUUAUGCCUUUGAAGUGUAUGAGGCGCGGGCCCUGCACAGCAAUCCACAGCCGAGGAGACCCAAGAAGCGAUGUCGCCAGUUUUUCCUGUGAUGCAAUCUCCAAUCCCAAAGAUUCUCCAAAAGUUAAUUAAAACCAAAGACAAUGUCAAGUUCAACGCAACAAAGCAGAGAGGCAAUCAGCUGUUGCGGCUAGUCAGAAACCCACACACUCUUAAAUAAUAACUCUGCCAUUCCACGAUUCUCUUAAUCAAUAAACAGUAAUCUCAGUAUUAGUAAACCCAGGUAGACUCAGCUUUUCUCUGGCGGUCCCUCUCUCAGUGCCUUCUACUCCCUUAUUUUAUGUUAUCUCGGCUCUCUUGAAACGGGUUCCAUACAGUAGUGUCUAAAGUAAUAGCACUGCUUCACCAAGGAAAUUUCAAUUAAUUCUGUCUGA